CCGGCUUCCUGCCUCUGCCGCAGGUAUUUAAGGUCUGAGAGGAGCGUGGGGAGCUGUUGAGACCACCCUGGCGGUGGCAUCAGGCAGGCUGACCCAGGGCCUUCCCCACCACCCACAUUGUCCAUGGAUUUUGUUGCUGGAGCCAUCGGAGGUGUCUGCGGUGUUGCUGUGGGCUACCCCCUGGACACGGUGAAGGUCAGGAUCCAGACAGAGCCCAAGUACACAGGCAUCUGGCACUGCAUCCGGGACACUUAUCGCCAAGAGCGGGUGCGGGGCUUCUACAGGGGCCUCUCGCUGCCCGUGUGCACCGUGUCCCUGGUCUCGUCCGUGUCUUUCGGCACCUACCGCCACUGCCUCGCGCACAUCUGCCGCUUCCGGUACGGCAGCGCCGACGCCAAGGCUGCCAAGACCGACAUCACACUCUCGGGGUUCGCUUCCGGCCUUGUCCGCGUGUUCCUGACGUCGCCCACCGAGGUGGCCAAGGUCCGCCUGCAGACGCAGACGCAGACGCAGACAACGCAGCAGCGGCGCCCCUCGGCCUCGGGGCCCUCGGCUGUGCCCCCUCCGUGUCCCGCACCCCCUGCCCGUUCGGCGCCUGGGCCCAAGUACCGCGGGCCGCUGCACUGCCUGGCCACAGUGGCCCGAGAGGAGGGCCUGCGAGGCCUCUACAAGGGCAGCUCAGCCCUGCUCCUCCGGGACGGUCACUCCUUCGCCACCUACUUCCUCUCCUAUGCCAUCCUCUGUGAGUGGCUCACUCCCGCUGGCCGCAGCCAACCAGAUGUCCUGGGUGUGCUGGUGGCUGGUGGCUGUGCAGGGGUGCUGGCCUGGGCCGUGGCCACCCCCAUGGACGUGAUCAAGUCACGCCUGCAGGCGGACGGGCAGGGCCAGCGGCGCUACCGGGGCCUCCUGCACUGUGUGGUGACCAGCGUUCGGGAGGAGGGGCCGCAGGUGCUCUUCAAGGGACUGUCGCUGAACUGCUGCCGCGCCUUCCCCGUCAACAUGGCGGUCUUUGUCGCCUAUGAAGUGGUGCUGAGGCUCACGCGUGGCCUGCUCACAUAGCCGGUCCCCGCGGCCCAGGGGCCAACCCGCUGGCAGCUUCCAGAGGCCAUAGGGGCCAGAGGAGGCGGAGGGGAGUGUCGGAGUCUGGGCCCCCCGGGCCCCCACCCCCAGACAGCCAGAGCCUCCCCGCCCAGCGACAGACCAUGAGAAGGUCAAGGGGCCCAUCUGACAUCGGCUGGGGUUGGCCCGAGGGUCACAGAGGCCAGGGAGGGCGGGCCUCUGGGAUGAGGACACUGUCACAGGGCGCUAUCUGUGCACGUGGCCGCUUGGUCCCUCCGGCCUCCCCGUCAGCUUUCCCUGCUGCCCCGCGGCUUCAGAGCCCCUCCCCCGCCCCCCAUGCUCUUCCCGCCUGGUCCCUUAGGCCCUGCCAAGCGGUGUCCUCAUGAGACGGCACCCAGAUGCAGUGUCUGCAACCCUCCCGUCCCAUCCCACACCAGGCUGCUCAGCCAGGCGCUGUCGGGGCCACCCUGGGCGCUGGGUGCCAGGUAUGGCCACCCACCUGCUCUGCCUAUAGUCCCUGGGGACUCAGUGAGGAGCUGUUGCCAAUAAAAUGUUUCUCAGGA